AUGUCGAGACAACAACAAAAUCAAGGUACGAUCAUCAGAGAUUUGCUAAGGGUGGUACAGGAUUUGGGUAGGCAACAAGCACAGGGUGGUCCCCGUGGUACAAACGCUAACAACACCAGCUCAAUCGUGGAACAGUUCCGUCGCUACAAACCCCCAACCUUCGAUGGUAAGGCAGACCCACUAGCAGCUGAAGAAUGGAUAAGAGGAAUGGAGCGAAUCUUCAAACAUCUAUCUUGCACUGAUGCUCAAAAGGUGUUAUGUGCAGAAUUUAUGUUGGUUGACGCGGCAGGCCAUUGGUGGGAGUCAGCAUCUCGCACUAGAACAGAAGCACAACAACGUGCUCUGACUUGGACGCAAUUUAAGGAGGAAAUGAUGGGAAAAUACUUCCCACAAGUCCUGAGGGAUCGUAAGGAGACAGAAUUCGUUCAACUCAGACAAGGAAAGACGAAACUUGAAGAAUAUGAAAGAAAAUUCGAACAACUCUCAAGAUAUGCACCACACCUAGUGGAUACUGAAGCAAAGAAAGCAAGGAGGUUCGAACUUGGAUUGCGUCCUGAGAUUGGUGGAAUAAUGGCAUCCCACCAAUUCACCACCUAUAGGCACGUUUUGCAAACUGCCCAAGCAAUCUCAAAUAGGUUGGAAAUAGAUCAAAUUCCCCAGCAAGGGGCCGAGUUAUCAGGAAAGAGGAAGUGGAAUGGGUCCAAUGAAGGGAAGGGAGAGGGACAGAACAAAAAGGUUAAUUUUGGAUCAAGUUUUGGACAAGCCAUUUCACCAUGUCCAAAGUGCAAUAAAAUGCAUAGUGGUGAAUGCUUGUUUGGGAAGCAUGUGUGCUAUCGAUGCGGUAAAACAAGGCAUAUUUCCAAAAAUUGCAAAGAAGACCCCUUGAAGAAGAAUGAUGAACAAGAAAAGAAGGGAAAGGCCCGAGUUUUUGCUUUAGCCCAGGAACGGACAACAGAAGACCCGAACGAAGGUAAUUUCGAGGACGAAAUUAUUUUAAGGGGAUUAGUUCGGGUCAAUUCGAGCAGUGGAGAAUUGGUGAUGCGGGCUGCCAAGUGA